AUGAAGUUUUCGCUGACGCUUGCACUCCUGGCACUCUCACUUGUGUCCACUGCUGCCGCAUAUGCAGUCACGGGCGGCUCCGUCUAUGUGAACCGAGGCUCGCUUCUUGAAAUCGACCCCAAUUCUAAGGACACUCAUAGAAUCACGUUGAACUCCGCCAAAGAUGUCGUGUCGUUUUCUUUGGCUGUUCAGGGAGACCACAAGCCCCACCAAUUGAUGUAUAUGCUCUCGGACAACAACGGGUUGGACCAUGCGGUCUUUGCCGUGUACAAAGACGGCCAAGCAGUGGCAGACAUUUCGGCAAAUAAGGUCCCCUCGGCCUUGAAGAAAAGCGACCGUAUUUUCGUGUCGCUCAUUGCUGCGGAUGCCCUCGAGGAGGAAGCCAACGUCAUUUUCCCUGUGGUUGAAUUGAUCCCCAGCGAUGCGCUCAAAGAGUCCGUCGGUUCUGAUGGCCCGGUGCGCUUGGGUGCACAGCCUGAAAUCCACCAUGUUUUCAACACAGAAGAGCCCACUGUCAAUGGGGUCGUGCCUGUUGUUUUCAGUGCUUUUGCCGUGGCCCUCUUUGUGUUCUUAGUUGUCACGUGGACAAACGUCUUGGGGAACGAGCUCUUUGCGGGUUCUCCGGGAGCCACAUGGAACGCUGCCUUGUUGGCCACACUUGCGAGUUUUGAGUACACGUUUUUCAAGUACUACAUGGGCGCGUCGAUCUUCACCACGGCCUUCAACUCGAUGGUGUUGACCGCACCCGCUCUUUUCUUUGGCUCCCGGGCCUUGAAGUCUUUGGGCCAAGCUCGUGGGGACGGAAAGGCGUGA